AUGGCUCACGGAGAACACGUAGAGUUAUCAUCCUCCUACUGGGUGGGCGAGGGAAGCUACGCUUAUCCGAGGGGUUCUGCUGGAAUCCGCGCGAUCGAAGGCAGGGCAGAGGAAACCCAGAGGGGAGCGUGGAUACGCGCGAAGCACAAGCUGGAGGCGCAGGAGGAGCUGCAGCAGCAGCUGGGGCUUCCGAGACACGGCAGAGCACUUGCGGAGGAACCAAGGACGUUUCCCGGCGGGCUGGAGCUCAGUUGCACGGUAACCGUGCCCGGCUCGGGCGUGGAAGGCGGCGGGUCGGUGUUCGACGGACCGCUCGAGGGUGAUGUGCUGGUGCUUGGGGACGUAGCAAGCGUGUCCUGGUCCCUCGACCUGUUCGAGACGGGGACCGCAGCAGCCGGCGACCCUUCCGGACCGUACUCAGCCUCGAGCUUGAUAACUGACCUGGAUGUCGGACAGGUGAAUAUCACCCUCUUCAACGCCGACGUCGAAGUGCAGACGUUCGUCAACACCGACAACACCGGAACUUACAGGUGGACGAUUGCGGACGACCUAGAACAAUCCCGCUUCUACCGGCUGGCUGUUUGGGACACGGCGACGCGCAUCUGUGGCAUCAGCUACGAAUUCGCGAUUUCUGGGGAAUUGUCCAUCACCGUCACAGAGUUCGAGGGCUACAACGAGGGGACGGUUGACAUCAGUCCCCUGCGUAGGGGCGACGCCGCCUCCUCGGAGGGUGGGGGGCAGAUAUACUCUUGCGGGGGCUCCGUGGGGGUUGGGUGGAACUUCACCGGACUGCUGGAAGAGGUCAACGUUCGGGUUUGCCAAGAGCCCGCUUCUUCCGGCACCUUGGCUGGCUUAGAGGAUGAGGACUUGCUAAACACCGGCUCCCCGGUCACCGAGGAUGGAGAGUUUUUCAUCUGCCUGGACCCCGUUAGCGGCGACGUCCUCGCGAACUCCUCCUUCCUCAACGCCUCGCUCACCGCCACGGCCGCGACCACCUCCGACGGCACCUGCGGCGUCUGGGGCGAGGGCUUCUACGCCAAGGUGACCUGGGUGGACAGCGGCGACGCAGACGUGUUCGGCUUGUCCAACGACCCGGACGCGGGGGGAGUCUCCGUCCCCGUGCUUGGAGGCGUGUUUCUCAAGCCCAACGACUCGACCCCCAUGUCGAUCGCAGAAUCUCAGCUGAUCAGCUGGGAGGGUCUCACGGGGGUCGGGGAGAACGCCCAGGUGGACAUCAUCCUCAGGUCAAAGGCGAACCUCUCUGACGACGCUUACUACGUGGUGGCCGCAGGAAACCGCAGGAAUUCCACGGAUGGGAGCCUGGUCCGGUGAGAACCCGGCGUGCUCCGUCCCGGCUUUGUAGGGAUGCGAGGUCA